UGUGAUAUUUUCGUCUAACAUUUCUUUAUAUAAUAUACAGUAUAGGAGAGAACUUGCUCUUUUACGAGUCUCUUGGUUGUAAAUUCAGGUCACACUCAGGCUCGGCUGAUGAACGGCUCAGAUUCCUGUUCUGGUCGAGUGGAGCUCCAGUACCUCAGUGAGUGGGGUACAGUGUGUGAUGUAAGCUGGGAUAUGAGAGCUGCCAGUGUCCUCUGUGCUCAGCUGAAGUGUGGGAGUGCUGUGGCUGUGUUGGGGUCAGACUGGUUUGGGGAGGGGAGUGGCCGGAUCUGGGCUGAUGUGUUUGAUUGUCAGGGAAACGAAACACACCUGUUAAAAUGUCCCAUUUCAUCAUGGAGUCGAACUGCAUGCUCUCAUAAACAGUAUGCUGGAGUUAUCUGUAGUGGUUCUUCUCUGGCGUCUCAUGAGGGAGGAGUGCGGUUGUCUGGAGGGAUGGAGUGUGAGGGGGAAGUGGAGGUGUUCUUCAGGCAGGACUGGAGGAGAGUUCUGCUGGACUCCUGGAGUGAGUCUGAGGCCUCUGUGGUCUGCAGACAGCUGGGCUAUGGUUCUGUACUCAACAUCUCCAGCUCCUCUUCAUCCAGUCCUGAACACAGCUACAUGUGUGUGACGGGUUUCAACUGCUCUGGGAGUGAAGCUCAUCUGAGGAACUGCAGCAGCUCACAAGCAGUUAACUGCAGCUCCACAGUACAGCUCUACAUCACCUGCUCUGGUACAUCUAACACAGUCCACAGCUCCAUCAGGCUGGUUGGUUCUGGGGGAGACUGUGCAGGAAGGCUGGAGGUUUUCCACAGUGGAUCAUGGGGGACAGUGAGUGAUGAAUUGUGGGAUAUUGAGGAUGCGCAGGUGGUCUGCAGACAGCUGCAGUGUGGAGUGGCCCUCAGUGCUCCAGUACCGGUACCAGCCCGGUUUGGAUCUGGAACUGGACCCAUUUGGCUUAAUGAGGUGGAGUGUGAGGGGAACGAGGCGUCUCUGUGGAACUGCAGAUAUCAGCUGUGUGGAGAGGAUGAAUGUGGACACAAGGAUGAUGUAGGAGUCGUGUGCUCAGAGUAUAAAGAGAUCAGACUGACUGAGGGCUGUGAGGGGAAUCUGGAGGUGUACUAUAAUGGAACCUGGGGGAAUGUGUGUGUAAAUGGGAUGACUGAUGAAACGGCAAAAUUGAUCUGUCGAGAGCUGAACUGUGGAAGAACUGGCAGUGAGUCUUGGUCUAAAGCAAGAGUGGAAUCAGCUCCUAACUGGCUGGAUAAUGUAAAAUGUAGGAAACAUGACUCCACUCUGUGGCACUGUCCAUCUUCUUCCUGGGGGGAGAACAGGUGUGAUAAUCGCAAUGAGGUUGCUUGCAUUACCUGCUCAGAGAAUGGAAAUACACUAGAUUUGACAAAUUGGCUGUGUGAUUCAUCUCCUCAUGAGAGACCGUGCUCAAAGCACAUUCCUCUGAGGCUGAGGGGAGGAGUAGGAAGCUGUUCUGGAUGGCUGCAGGUGUAUCAUAAUAAAACAUGGGGGUCUGUAUGUGGUGAUCUCUGGGACAUCAGGGAUGCUCAGGUGAUCUGCAGGCAGCUGGGUUGUGGGCCGGCGCUGAGUGCUAAUAGAAGAGCUGCUGAUGGUUCUGGUGGAGGAACUAUCUGGAUGAACAGAGUGAAGUGUAGAGGGAAUGAGAUUCACCUGUGGGACUGUCCUCAUUCCCUGAAGAACCACACUGACUGCUCCCACAGUGCUGGAGUCACUUGUGGAGGCUUCCUGUAUCAUACUUUGCCUUUAAAUAAUAAAAGAGGACAGAUGGGACAUUUUGUCUUGCAAGAUUCUCAACCACAGACAAGAAGAAUCAUACUUCCACAAACUCCUCCACCAGCUGUUCCCUCCAUCUAUCCAGUGUCUCUCCUGGUUCUGGGAUCUGUGCUCUUCCUGGCCUUAGUGCUUCUGGUUGUGCUGUUUUAUCAGAACAGAGUGCUCAGGAGAGUGAUCUCUAAGAGGAGGAAGACUUCAGCUGAGCCUGUCUAUGAGGAGAUUGACACCAGGCUCAUCCCUAAAAGAAUUACUGUCUCAACUGAAAGUAAUGGCGUGUGCGGAGGAUCGUGCUCUCCUGACACUCAGCGAGGAGCUCGUCCGUCUGGAUCAGCAGAUCCACCGCCUGCUCGAGAGGCAGUCGGAGCUCCACAGGCAGAGGACGAGGCUGGAGGAAUCCCGCGACGCCGCCUUAGCGGCCGUCUCCAACCCGGUGAUGCCGGCGCGGCGGACCCCGGCGGUCGUUUGCUUCACCCCCGCUCCGGGAGGGGCCUGGGAGCGGCAGCGCGGCCGAGGAAAGCGGGUUUCCCCCCUACCUUCUCAGCCGGAUUUUGCCUCCGCAAACCGGUUUGAGGUCCUCAGCUCGUCGCCGUCGCCUCCUUCACCUCCCCCAGCCCCGAGGAAAACAGAUAAGGGCAGUACCCUCAUUGUCGGAGAUUCCAUUGUUAGCCAUUUAAAGGUGUCUAACGCUAAGAGUAAUGCUGCAGU